AAGUUAAAAAGAAUUGAAAGAAUCAAGUUAAAUGCUCUUUUCCUUUCAAAAAUUACAUUGCAAAAUACAAAAAUUAACUGCUUAUCUGAAUAUGGUAAAACUGUGAGUGUAGCGUGUCAUGCAAUGUAACAAUAGUGUGUCCACCGGCCGAAAAUAGCGCUUGCGCAACACAUUCAGGAAUCCACAGUUAGUUUUCCAGUACUCAGCAGUAAUUACAAAUGUCGCAAGCUGAAAGACAGCGAGUCAUGUAAACACAUGAGAAACUGUAAUCGAACUGAGCAGAACUGAGUGAAUGUUUACUAAUUCGGAUCUUUUUGUUAAAAGGAAUCAAUAGUAUUUAUUUAUUCAAAGGUGGUAGAAUUUUAACCACUCUGUUAUAACGCUGCUGAUUAAGUACACGCCGUGUUAUCUGAAUAGUCUAUAUAUAUUAAAGUGUAAAGUGUAAGUGAUAAAACGUAUCAACAUUUAUGAGAUAAACCAAUGAAAAAUUAAAUUUGCAUUGCUAGCUUCGGAUUAGCACAAGAUUAGAAAUGGACUUAUUUGCAAUUAUCGGUCUAUUCAUUGUAAGUUAUUAUUUCGUCUACCUAAUUCUUCCUUCGAUCUUGGACUGCGAUUUGUUGCUCGCUUUUUCAGAGAGAUUCGGCAAACCUGUGUCUUCAUUGGCAGGCAAGACCGUAUGGAUAACAGGCGCGUCCAGCGGUAUCGGAGAACACUUGGCUUACGUUUUAGCCAAAGCAGGCUGUAAAUUAAUCCUAUCCGCUCGCAGAGUUGCCGAAUUAGAUCGAGUGAAAAGAAAAUGCUUGGAAGAAAACAAACACUUAAGCGACAACGAUGUGGAAGUGUAUCCUUUGGACUUGCUUAAUCUGGAGUUGCAUAAUACAGCGGUGCGACACGUCAUCGAUAAGUUCGGCAAGUUGGACAUACUCGUCAACAAUGCUGGCCGCAGUCAACGGGCGCAGUGGGAAAACAUCGAUCUCACCGUCGAUAAGCAAAUGUUCGACUUGAACGUGUUCUCCAUAAUGUCCUUGAGUAGAUUGGUGGUCAAGCACUUUUUAGAAACUGGCGGCGGUCACAUCGUCGUUACCUCGAGUCUCGCGGGAAUCUUACCGGUACCGAGAUCGGCGACAUAUUGCGGAGCUAAGCAUGCAUUACAUGGUUACUUCAAACCAAUGUUCUUAGAGUUUCCUGAUAAGCAUAUCGACGUCACAAUGGUUUGUCCUGGCCCGGUGCAGACUGAUUUUCUAGCCGAGAGCUUUACAGAGAAAUCUGGCGAAAAAUACGGUAUAAACACGGAUGUAAGUAAAAGCAAAGUUACUGCUGAACGCUGCGCAUUUUUAAUGGGCAUUGCAAUUGCAAAUAAACUGGAGGAAGUAUGGAUCUCCAGAUCGGACUCACUGCGAAUGUUGUACUUGAUUUAUUGCUUCCCGAAUUUUGCAAAAUGGAUGAUAAAGAAUUUGGGAAUGAAAUACAUAAUGAAGUUACGAGAUGCUAAUGCUUUCAAGCAAAAAUAAUCAGACUCUGAAAAUGGGUAAUUAUUUUUAUAUUAUUUAUCAAAGUGCUCUUCAAAGUAUUUAUAAUAUGCAAUGCCAUAUUUACAUAUGCAAAAGGCUGUUAUAUUAAUAUAAAAAUGUAUAUCACAUGUAUAUCACAUGUAACUUAAUGUCAACAAAGAAUAAAAUAUGUUCCUAACAUUUCAA